UAUCCGCUGAAUCGGGGUGGCGACGAAAAAUAUGAUAUAGUUGUUAUUUUAGUGCUUGUUGCUUCACGGCAAUCAAGCUGUGCAAGGCGAACAAUACCUCAAGAGCACUAUCUGUCGGUCAGUGCUGUGCAAUAGCGAAUCAAACAUGGCGUCAAGCAAGAGGAAAGCGAUGAAAGUCAAAGUGGUUCCGCAGAAAGUAAAAUUAUUCCGAGCGAACGAACCACUAUUGAGUGUGUUCAUGUGGGGCAUCAACCACACGAUAAAUGAACUAAGUCAUAUUAAUGUGCCAGUAAUGUUGAUGCCAGAUGAUUUCAAGGCAUUCAGUAAAGUCAGAGUGGAUAACCACCUUUUUAACAAAGAAAAUAUGCCCAGUCAUUUCAAGGUGAAGGAGUACUGCCCGAUAGUCUUUCGUAAUUUACGAGAACGGUUUGGCAUAGACGAUAUUGAUUAUAUGAAUUCCCUGACCAAACAGCCAUUAGACAUGGACUCACCGGGCCGAAGUGGUGCUCGAAUGUUGAGCUCACAGGACGGCUACUACUUCAUCAAAACCUUAGUUAGUGAGGAGGUGGAGCAAAUGCACCAUAUCCUGAAACAAUACCAUCAGCACAUUGUAGAGGUGCACGCCGUCACCCUUCUCCCUCAGUAUCUAGGCAUGUACAGGAUUACUGUCAAUGAUGUGGAAACUUACUUAGUAGUAAUGAGAAAUGUUUUUAGCCCUAGGCUUACAAUACACAAGAAAUAUGAUCUCAAGGGGUCGACUGUAGACAGACAGGCGAGUGAAAAGGAGAGGGUGAGUUAUGGCAUGUUCCAGUUCGGUAAUCGUAAAAAGACAGAACAGGCGAAGGAUCUUCCCACCUUUAAAGACAAUGACUUCAUGAAAGACGGAGCCAGUAUUGAGAUUGGAGCAGCAGAAAAAGAGAAGUUUAUGGCCACUCUUACCAAGGAUGUUGAUUUCUUAAGUCACCUACACCUAAUGGACUACAGUCUAAUCGUGGGCAUCCAUGACUGCGAACGUGCAGAGCAGGAACUUCAGUUUGCACUCGAGCAGCCGCCACUUCCAGUCCCCGGGGAAGAGGAGCACAGUGGGGAAGCGGCUGACGAGGUGGGGGAGGAGUCUAACGGGGUGGAAGGAGAGGACGAAGAUGGGGCAGAGAUGUAUGGGGCACCUACACCUCCAGACAGUCCACUCACCAUGUCACCUCAGCCAUUCAAUGGAGAGAUUGACCCAAAGAUAGAGCUUUAUGCCAUCAAAUCCAGCCCAGAGAGCAGCAGAAAAGAGAUUUACUUCUUGGCAAUGAUAGACAUACUCACAAAGUACGGUGUUAAGAAGCGCACGGCUCAGGCGGCGAAGACAGUCAAGCAUGGGGCUGGAGCAGAGAUUUCCACCGUGCGUCCUGACCAGUAUGGCCGCCGAUUCCUCGACUUCAUUUCCAAGUGCAUCGAAUGAGACUUCACAGCUUUACAUCGGAGGCAUGGUUUACAGAAUUAGAUUGUACACAAUUAUGAUGUAAAAAUUAUUUAAAUGUACAGUUAUAGUAUUGCAUUGUCAGCCAUACUCCCAUCACCUUUUCACCGCAUUCUUUCUCUCAUUGCAUUUUUUCUUUCCACUUUUUUCAAAAGUUGCUCUCUGAAGGGAUACAUAUAAACAUGAAUCACCCUUUAACUGCACAAAUUCUUCCUCAAUUUUAGUACGCAAAACAAAAUAAUUUUACAUUAUAAAAUCACACAUGUGAGGAAGUGGGGCUGGAGGGCUGGAACACUUUACCCCAUUCAACCAACAUCUGACCUGUUUUCAGUUUAGUUCUCUUCAGCUUGGCUGAACUUCAGUGAAGUAUUCCAACCUAGAAACCCCUCUUCAUUUGGUCAGCUACUUUCCUUGCAGGGUAUUCAACCACUUGUGUAUGAAGCAUUCGGGACCAUUCAUAGUGUUAUGUCAAAAGCAGUCUUCAGUCAAACCUACAAAGAGCCGUGCCACUUCUUGUUUUAUUUUUUAAAGAAAAUGUUGUAGUGUAAAUUAAGGUGAACGCUUGAAGAAGGCGUGUUUUUCUGUUACAAGGCUAACGUGUAAUUUCCCCAGUUGUUAUUUUGUAGUAUCCUGUGAUGGAAUCCACGAUCGGAAGGUGGUUCUUCUCAUUCUUAAAAGCGUUUUUUUUUUUUCUUCUUUUUUUUAUUCAGCACGUCUCUUGAUGCAGGACACACAGUAAAAUCAAUAUGACUAUUAAUCUCUAUGGAUAUUGAUUGUGAAUAUGAGCAUGCUUAUUCUGUGUACAUAUUUUAAUGUGAUAUCUAAAACCAACAAUCCAGGGGAUGUUAGAAAGCAAAGGAAUUCACUUGGGGGACACAUUACUACUGUUGUGGAUAACCCUAAAUCCUCCUCUAAAUUCAACCACAAAGGUACAAAUUUAGAAGCAGUUUGAAAACAAAAUUCAUCAGAUUUUUUGAAGACUGAAAUGUGUUAUUUAGGUGUGGGCACAUAAACUUAUCAGCAAUUAUGAAAAGGCCUGUGCAGUUAGAGCAACAGGAGUCCCGCGUGCCAAAACGUGCACUGUGUGUAAGAUUGAAUUUGGUAAGGAUUUGGGGCACUUGUUAGUGUUUCUUUAUGUAUUCAAUUGCCAAAACACUGGUUCUAUUGGAUUGUCAGACAAACACUUAGGACUGUUGGUAUACGGCAAUAAUAUUGUUCUCAUGACUUGAUUAUCCCACUGUUGUUGUCCAACUUUAUUGUAGCAGUAUGCAUUUAUACUGUACAAGCACCUGAUAUCCAAGAUUUUCUUUCUUAUGUAGUGUCAUUACUAAACCCACACACCAACAUUUUUAAUGCGGAUACUCCGAUAGGCAUACGCAUUUGCGAAUUUCUUCCUGGACAGAAUGAAUUUGUAAUGUUGCUAAUGUAUAGGCCCAGUUAGUAACGUUGUCAAAUCAUGUCACGUGCAUUAUCUGCAAAGUUCUGUGCCAAAAGUUUGAUGUACACCCGCCACGUAAAACAAAAAUGUCCCUGAGUAUAGACAUUCUUUGUAUGGGUAACAUAGAAGGAGGACCAUUAGGAAAGAAAUUCGUCCUCAGUGAUUUGGUACAUCGUAUUUUAACAGAGUUUGUAAUGAUUCACACCGAAGCUUGUUAGUCUGCGUUGCUUUGACCGAAUGUUAACCUUCGAGAACUUUUUUAUCGUUAUCUUUUAUUUUUAGAAUACCACAGAACCUCAUAACGAGGCAUUGAAAUAGACAAAGCAUCAUUUCAUGAUGUGCGCUUAUUUUUUAAAAAUUACAAGAACGAAGCUGGGUAAGGUUUAUUUACUUCCCAACAAAUAUUUAUUUGGGCAGAAAUGUUGACCUAAUAGGUAAAUUACACGUAUUACGGUUCAUGUAACUUUUUACCAACAGUAUUUACAUUUAUGACCACAACAUCUGGCGUCCGCUGCAAGAUGCAGCUAUCGCUUAACGUGUUUUGUGGCCACCUCGAUGAGAUUUCACACAAUUUUUUUUUCGUGUUAGAAUUUCCGAAGCCCUUAAACCUCAUCAGGUAGCUAUUUUUUAAUGUUAGAGGCCACAAAUUCAUGCAAGCUAUUUUGUUACAUGAUGUAAAGCGAGAGAAAUUUGCUAUGAUAGAAAAAAAAGUAGAGCAUCAGUUUAGACAGCUGUCUUGGUAUCUGGACUCGGAAAAUAAAUGCGGGAUACUGCGUUCUAAUUUGGAAUUAUGGUGCGUACUAUGUGAGUACUAUUUCUUCUCCUCCUCACAGAAGUUGAUGUUAAAAUGACGACACUCAUAAACUGAACAAUCGAAAAGAAACCGUAUUUGCCAAGCUGAUCCAAGCAAGAACCUGUCACAAUUAGGAAGAAAUUGCAUUGUUUCGAUAGGUUGGAUGUUACACAACUGUAGCUGUGCAGCAGACUACAGCAAGAAGCUGUCGCAGUGUUAACGCUAGCAAGUUUAACCAAAAUGUGCGCGACUUGUAGUAUGAUAGGCGGGAUAUUCCACAAACCUCUAAAUAGAUGUGGAAUAGUAAAUGAACUGACCAUCUCCAUUACCUAGGAUUUUAAUUGAGCCACUUAAGUACCAUCUAACUGUACAGUGAUGCCCUAUUGUGGGAAGCGACAGCAGACGUAUCUCGCUCCAUCCCUGAAUAAUCCAUGAUAUUGUUAAUAGUUUUGUGGUCGAAUGUAUGUAUGACGUGUCUUGAGUUGUUGGCCCAAGUUUGCAUUACUGUGAACAGUUUUUGAAGUGCAUCAGUAAUAUCCCAAUUGAGUAUAAAGUCAUACAUAUUUGUGUUAAACUCUGACUACAGAUGUCAGUCUUAUGGGUUACAUUUUUGUCAGGUCGGUCUGUGUUAUAUAAAUGUGCCAUGGCGGAGUGGUAGACUAUCAGUUGAUGUGUUUUUCCUUUUGGCUUGUUUAAAUUUUUUUUUUCUAAGUGGAAAAGAAACGGCAUUUUAAGACUCCACCUGAACCGAUUGUGCCAGUUAAUAGUCUACAUACUGCUGACAGAAGUGUAACGCCUUCUAGCAUUGCCAGUAUGCUAGGGUAGGGUAGCUCAUUUUGUAUAUCUCGCAUAAGCAGAGCCAUUUUGUAUUUAGUGCAUGCAUAUAAAUAUAUAUACAUAGUACACAUUUGUAUCAUUACCUUUAUCAAGGUGGUAAGUGUAUACCCCCCCCCCCCCCCUCCAACACACCUCCACUUUUGUGUAUAUUGUAAAUAUCUCUUUAUAACAAGGUGUACACCUUGUGAAGCAUUAUUUGUAUCAUUGUUUUCCCUGAUCAUCGCUGUGGAGUUAUAUUCUACGUCUUGUACAGUGUUGGGCUCGGUAUACUCGGCAGUAGCGACAGGGGAGAUAACUACAGACACUUGAACUAGUCACGUUUUGGGUCUGGAUGGCAUGCCCCCCGGGUUGGAUUUACAGUACAGCGUGUAAAUAGACCAUACCUUUAGUGGCCGUCUGUGUUCGACGUCCCUUUUUAAAAUAACGGAACAAAUAUUUCCAAACAAGGGACAUGUGUUUAUUCUUUUUUCCAUUUGUAUUUUAUUUUAAAUCAAAUUGAAGUAGGCCAGAUUUUAUAAGGUGUUCUUUUAUCUGUCUCAGAACCUAACAUCUACUUAAGGGUUAAAAUCAUGCACCGUGGGGCGACUGUGCCCAGCAUUCAGUGAUCAAACGUGUUCAGUACUUAACGCCCUCGGUACCCUAACUAUGGCUUUUCCCAUCACUUGCGCACUUGUAUAGUACAAGUAAUAUGUCGUCCACACUUCGAUAGAUACUGGAACUGACUCAGACGCAAAGCAUUUGUAUAUCAUAGGCGGCAUUACACAAGCCAUGGACGAUUUGUAUCGGGUCAAUGACGACUACCCUCUAAAACUGAUGCCUUACAUUAAUAGAAUGCUAUGAUGUUAUUGGUAGGCCAACAAAAUUUUUUGGUACUUAGGUCUUAU